AUGGCUCUCUUAGUAGUUGUUCUCAUAGUUUUAAAUAAUUAAUUAACUUUUUAAAUAUUAUUCAUUCAUUUUUUCAGGAACUUGUAAGUGUGUCUAAAAUUGAAGAGUGUAAUUUUGGAAAUAAGUCAAUUAUAUCACUUUCAUGUAAUUUUUUUUAUUUUGAUACAAACUUGAAAACGAUUUACCAAAUAAGAAAAUGACAAUUUUAACAAAUUCAAGAUUUCUUUAAUAAUACAUUAGAUUAAGAAACAGUUAAUUGUUUUUAUAUAAAAUUUUAUAUAUUUACCUUUAUAAUGGCAAGUACUAAUGAAUUUGGGCCGGAUUCUGGUGGUAGAGUUAAGGGUAUUACUAUAGUUAAACCUAUAGUUUAUGGAAAUAUUGCUCGUUACUUUGGGAAAAAAAGAGAGGAAGAUGGUCAUACACAUCAAUGGACUGUGUAUGUAAAACCAUAUCAUAAUGAGGAUAUGUCAACAUAUGUUAAAAAAGUACAUUUUAAGUUACAUGAAAGUUAUAACAAUCCUAAUCGUAUCGUGACAAAACCCCCUUAUGAAUUGACAGAAACAGGUUGGGGAGAAUUUGAGAUAGUCAUUAAAAUAUAUUUUCAUGAUCCAAAUGAACGACCUGUCACUAUAUAUCACAUAUUAAAAUUAUUUCAAUCUACUCCUGAGAUACAGCUUGGAAAGAAGAGUUUAGUAUCAGAAUUUUAUGAAGAAAUAGUUUUUCAAGAUCCUACAGCAUUAAUGCAGCAUUUAUUAAAUACUACUAGACCUAUUACCGUUGGAACUUGGCGUCACAAUACAGAUUUUGAAGUUAAAAAGGAGUCAACAAUGAAGGCACUUAUAGAAGCUCGGACAAAAAUAAGAUUACAAGUAAUAGAACUGAAAGAAAAAUUGACAUUAGCUAAAGAAACUAUAUCUAAAUUUAAAGAAGAAAUAGCUAAGAUUUCCAAGGCAGGUGGAACUUUGUCAGUAACUUGAUGUUUUUACAUGUGUAUUACUGUUAUUGGUUAAGAAUAAAGUUAAGUUAUAGUUAAGAGUGAAAUAUAUAUAAGCAAAUAAAUGAAAAUAAAAAACGUUUGUACAUAUAGUACUAA